AUGCACCAGGACCAGAUUCCCUGGGAUCCAUCGGCUUUCAGUCUACCGCCCAACGACUACAUCGCGCACCUUGUUCAGGUGACAGACUACCACAUCAACCGCAUUGGAAAUUGUUCGGUGUUUGACCCGACGGUCUUCCUCGAGAAGCUGGCCAGAACCUCGUCACGGUCGCCGCCCGAGGCUUCGGAGCUGUGGCAAGUCGAGCAACUCUCGGUCAUUGCACUGGGCAAGCUUUUACUGGAAAGAGGAGUGACCAGUCUCGGACCCCCAGGUGUUCGGGAAUUCCUCCACGGUAUCAAAAAGCUCCCACCUGGUAUCUUCCUGCACCAAGAACCCAUUACCGCGAUCGAGACCUUGUGUCUUCUGGCCAUCUAUGCACAGGCGGUCGACAUGCAUAGAGUAGCCUAUCUCUAUGUACGUACAAUAUCCCACCACGGCCGCAGCCAUUCCCUCGCUAACGAUGUGGACUUCAGAUGGGAGAAGCAUCCCGCAUUGCUCGUUGCUACGAAAUGGACAGAGGCCCAACAGGAUGGCAUCUUCCGGCCGAUCUCGACCCCGCUCGACUGA